UUACAGACACGAUGCUACAACCAAGAACGGCAAACGGUGGGAGCUCAGCGACUUUGAGAUCGGCAGACCCCUCGGGAAAGGCAAAUUCGGGAAUGUGUACCUGGCACGAGAGAAGAGCAGCAAGUUUAUCGUUGCGCUGAAGGUGUUGUUCAAGUCACAACUUCAAAAGGCGGAGGUGGAGCAUCAACUCCGACGAGAAAUCGAAAUACAGUCACAUCUGCGGCAUCCGAAUAUCCUGCGCUUGUACGGGUACUUCUACGAUAAGACCAAGGUAUACCUUAUCCUCGAAUACGCACCCAAAGGUGAGUUGUACAAGGAACUGACUCGCCUCAAGAAGUUCACAGAAGCCAAGACAGCGGCGUACGUAUGCCAACUGGCCAAGGCGCUGAUGUACUGCCACGCCAAGCACGUCAUCCACCGUGACAUCAAGCCAGAGAACCUGUUGCUAGGGCUGACAGGGGAGCUGAAGAUAGCGGACUUUGGGUGGUCUGUGCAUGCACCCAGUAAUAGACGCACGACUAUGUGUGGGACACUUGACUACUUGCCGCCAGAAAUGGUUGAGGGGAAGGCACACGAGAUAAG